GAUCAAGAGGUGUAUUGGACAAAUAUACACUCCUUCAGAAAACGAAAAUGACGGAGCCCCAUCUCAGCCAGAGUCAUGCCUCGUGAGACCAAAUCCUCCAUCCUCCAAUUUUGAAGCUCUUCUCCUGUUGUCCUCCGUUCCCCGCAACAUUCGCCGGCGAUAUUCUCGCCGCGAAGCCAGAGCGGAGCAGCCACUCUACCGAGCGACAGCCCAAUUCCUCUUCUCCAAUCGCCUGCUACAAGGGUGUUUUAUGGAAUAACCCAAAAGCUGGGGGUGGCGGUGAUAAUACAAGUCGAGCAACAAAUAGACCCCACAGAAAACAAAAUCGCAUUUUUUUAUGUAAAAAUUGUAAAUCUAUUUCUGGCUUUCUGGGCUGGUCGAUUGGCCGAAUGAGCUUUGCGAGCGCAUCCGUCCAGCCGAGUUAUUGUUGUAGUUCCCACGAAAUUGUUUCCAUGCCCAACCUCACAGAGUUCCUGCAGGCAUGAGAAGCAUGAAUUCUGAAAAGAUUGGGUUAAUAUUUUGAACAUUCUAGUAUUUGAGUUGACAAGUGAAGCAUACUGUUUUGGUGUUAAGUUGGGGAAUCCACUACUUUGUGAAACUGCAGUUCUGACCGGGAAUUGUGAAAAUGUACCGGUCUGUGGCUGCAGCCACGACCCGGGGUGGGUUACCUACUGACAGUGUGGACUAUGUUGUGGGACUGGAUCAAGUGCCACGCUGGGGUGAUGCAGAACAUAGGUCUUCUUUGGAAUAUGAGAUUGAAGAUCAUGCAUUUCCAAACUCAUACUUCCCUGAUCCACUCACGACAUCUUCUGGAGCAGAGAGUGGUGGCAGUGGGAUGGUGUCAAGGUUUCCAGUUGACCAUGAGAUUAACUCGAAGAUAUAUUUGUGGAGGGGGAAUCCUUGGAAUCUUGAGGUAGAUGCUGUUGUUAACUCUACAAAUGAGAACUUGGAUGAGUCACACAGCAGCCCCGGCUUGCAUGCUGCAGCUGGACCUGGUCUUGCAGAGGAAUGUGCAAUGCUGGGCGGAUGUCGAACAGGAAUGGCAAAAGUUACUAAUGCAUAUGAUCUUCCAGCAAGGAGGGUUAUCCAUACUGUUGGUCCCAAGUAUGCUGUAAAAUAUCACACUGCAGCUGAGAAUGCUCUGAGUCACUGCUAUCGAUCUUGCCUUGAACUCCUCAUUGAAAAUCGUCUUCGAAGCAUUGCUAUGGGCUGUAUAUACACAGAGGCCAAAAAUUAUCCUCGUGAACCAGCUGCACAUGUGGCUAUACGGACUGUGCGACGAUUACUUGAAAAGCAGAAAGAUAAAGUCACAGCUGUUGUUUUUUGUACCACAUCAUCAUCUGAUACUGAGAUAUAUAAGAGAUUACUUCCACUUUAUUUUCCUCGGGAUAAACAUGAAGAGGAGGUGGCCAUAUCAAAGCUUCCUGCGGAUGUUGGAGAUGAAAAUGGUGAAACAACUAUAGAUGAACGUAAAAUCAGAAUAAAGCCUUUGCCCAAGAAAAAUAUGCCUAAACCUCCCCAAGAUCCUGUUGAUCUUCCUAUCAGUGAUGUUGGGUUGGUAAGACGGAAUUCAUCAUAUUUGGAUUCAUAUUUGGAUCCUGCUUUCAUGUCUUUAAUUAAAGAUCCCGAUCAAAGACGCAAGGAACAAUGGGAAAAAACUGCUGAAGCCCAGCGUGGGUGGAAUUGUGCUAAAAUGCUUGGAUUUGGUAAUCUUGGUGGCCCUCCUUUGUCUGCUGCUGAAGAAUAUUCACUUCAUUCUAGAUAUCUUGCCAAAGCAAAUUCACUUAAUCUCUCUGAAAUUGCUGAAAUGAAAAUUGUUUAUCGUGGGGGUGUAGACAGUGAAGGGCGUCCUGUAAUGGUGGUUGUGGGAGCACAUUUUCUACUGCGGUGUUUGGAUCUUGAGCGUUUUGUGCUCUAUGUAGUAAAGGAGUUUGAGCCCUUGAUACAGAAGCCUUAUAGUAUUGUUUACUUCCAUUCUGCAGCGUCUUUACAGCUUCAACCAGAUUUGGGAUGGAUGAAGAGAUUACAACAGAUACUUGGUCGGAAACACCAGCGCAACCUGCAUGCAAUAUAUGUUCUUCACCCUACUUUUGGACUGAGGACUGCAAUUUUCGGCCUGCAACUGUUUGUAGAUAGUGUGGUGUGGAAGAAAGUGGUCUACGUCGAUCGGCUAGUGCAACUGUUCAAAUAUGUUCCCCGCGAGCAGUUGACCAUCCCGGAUUUUGUAUUCCAGCACGAUUUAGAAGUGAAUGGGGGAAAGGGUCUAAUUGUGGACCCAAGAACGAAAUAUGUUUAUCAUCGACCAUAGGUAUCAUCUUUCUCGGUCUUGGCAGGUUUGAGCAUUCUUCUUUCUUUACAUUUUCAGUCUUUGGGAGGAGGGUUGGGGUUGUAUCUAGUUUGCCAUUUGUGUACAAUCAAUAUUCCCUUUUUUGACUUUUUUAUUUUUCAUUUUAGUAUUGCAAUGUUCUCUUUACAUCUGAAGAUGGAAAUAAAAUUCUUGUUUCUUGAUUGUAUUUUUCUCUUGUAUCAUUGUUUGUCAUUAGUAAUAAAUCAAGAAUGAUUUGAACUUGCUUUGCUAAA